AUGCAGCCAGCCAUGAUGAUGUUUUCCAGCAAAUACUGGGCAAGGAGGGGUCUCUCUUUGGAUUCAGCAGUGCCUGAAGAGCAUCAGCUAUCCAGCAGCUUAACAGUGAUAACAUAUCUUAACCUGAACAGAGCAAAUGAUGAUAAGAAAGGCAACAAAGGUAGUGGCAAGAAGGAAGCUGCUGGGGAAAGUGGAAAGACUGCAGUUGUGUUUUCUUUGAAAAAUGAAGUUGGUGAAUUGGUAAAAGCCUUAAGGCUCUUUCAGGAAAAGCACGUGAACAUGGUGCACAUCGAGUCUAGGAAAUCCAGGAGAAGUUCUGAGGUAGAAAUCUUCGUGGACUGUGACUGCAGUAAGAAAGAAUUUAAUGAGCUCAUUCAGUUGCUGAAAUUUCAAACCACCAUUGUGACCCUGAAUCCACCAGAGAAUAUUUGGACAGAGGAGGAAGACCUAGAGGAUGUAUUGUGGUUUCCCCGGAAGAUCGCUGAAUUAGACAAAUGUUCUCACCGAGUUCUUAUGUAUGGCUCAGAGCUGGAUGCAGACCACCCUGGAUUUAAGGACAAUGUCUAUCGACAGAGAAGAAAGUAUUUUGUGGACCUGGCCAUGAGUUAUAAAUACGGCCAGCCCAUUCCCAGAGUGGAAUAUACGGAAGAAGAGACUAAGACUUGGGGGGUUGUAUUCAGAGAGCUCACCAAACUCUAUCCUACCCACGCUUGCCGAGAGUAUUUGAAAAACCUCCCUUUGUUGACGAAAUACUGUGGCUACAGAGAAGACAAUGUGCCCCAACUUGAAGAUGUCUCCGUCUUUUUGAAAGAAAGAUCUGGCUUUACUGUGAGACCAGUGGCCGGGUACCUAUCUCCUCGAGACUUUCUCGCUGGGUUGGCUUACAGAGUGUUCCACUGUACUCAGUAUGUUAGACAUGGCUCUGAUCCGCUCUACACCCCAGAACCAGAUACGUGUCAUGAACUCCUGGGACACGUCCCCCUACUUGCUGAUCCUAAGUUCGCUCAGUUCUCACAAGAAAUAGGCCUGGCCUCCCUGGGAGCCUCUGAUGAAGAUGUUCAGAAGCUUGCCACGUGUUAUUUCUUUACUAUUGAGUUUGGACUUUGCAAACAAGAAGGGCAGCUUCGAGCCUAUGGGGCAGGGCUCCUUUCUUCCAUUGGAGAAUUAAAGCAUGCCCUGUCUGACAAGGCCUGCGUGAAAGCUUUUGACCCAAAGACAACUUGCCUGCAGGAAUGCCUUAUCACCACCUUUCAGGAAGCCUACUUUGUUUCCGAAAGUUUUGAAGAAGCAAAAGAAAAGAUGAGAGACUUUGCCAAGUCGAUAACUCGCCCCUUCUCUGUGUACUUCAAUCCUUACACACAGAGCAUUGAAAUACUGAAGGAUACCAGGAGCAUUGAGAAUGUGGUCCAGGACCUCCGAAGUGAUCUGAAUACAGUGUGUGAUGCUUUAAAUAAGAUGAACAAAUAUUUGGGGAUCUGA